CCUGUCAUCUGUCAUAUUAAAAAGUGACAAUAAUAAUAAAUAAUAAUAUUAAUAAUAAACAACACGAAAAAGUGUAAACCCGAUUUUUUUUUUUAAAUUUUAAUCAAACCAGUUUUUCAGAAGGAAUUUGAUAUAUUUACCUUUGUAGAAGUCGACAUAACAAAAAAUAAUGUCUGGGAAUAUGUGUGCUGUGUAUACAUGCAAUAAUAGUUAUAAAAAUCACUUGCCAGGUGUAACAUUUCAUAGGUUUCCGAAAUCUAUUAUAAUGAGGAACAAAUGGGUACUCUUGUGCAGUAGAGGCGACAAAUUCAAUAGUGCCAAUAGCAGAAUUUGUUCAGAACAUUUCCUUAAAGAAGAUUUUAAACGCGAUUUGAGAAAUGAGUUACUUGGGUUGCCAUUAAAAAAAGAAUUAAAAGAAGAUGUUGUACCAUCGCGAAAAAUCUUAAAAAUGGAACCAGAAAAAAGUCAAUCAGCAGUUAAUCAGGAGGAUGAAAAUUUGUUAGAAAAUGAGGAUGUAAACAGUUCUCAAAGUUCCUCGCUCGCUUCAACAUAUGAACAACCAUAUAAAGAACUACUGGAAAAAAAUAGGAAACUUAAUUCAAAUUUAAUUAAAAUGCAAAAGAAGUUAGAAAACAAAAACAAAAAAAUUAAAGUCUUAACUGAUCAAAAAUCUGAGAAAAAAAUCAAAACCCAAAAAAAACUAAAGUAACAAAGAAAAGGGGCUGAUCUCCCAUUUGAUGCAUAAAUACUUAAAAUAAAAAAAUCUCAGAUAAACCAAAUAGCUUCGCUAAUGCCGGGUCCAGAUCAAGCAGACAAAAAGUAAACACGGGAAAACUGCGACAAAAAUUUGGGUAUUGGGACAAGACAAAAUUGAGACAAACUGUCCACACCAGAAAGACAAAAAUGUUCAACAAAAUUUAGUUGUUGGUUGUUGCGAAGCAGUUGCUUAUCCAUGUGGCGUCUCCAGUUACGUAACACGAUAACAGUUUGUUUUAGUCCAGUAACAGAACCUGAGGUCUUAAAUAUUAUUUAAAAAAAAUUAAGUCAAAAGCAACAGAAUUGGACGGAAUAAAUAUUUUAACUUUAAACCUCUGCUUACCGUUCCUUUCACCCUAUAUAAUGCAAAUCAUUAUAAACUAUUGCUUAAGAGAAUCCGUUUUUCCAUCUUCCUAGAAAAAAGCCAAAGUCACCCCACUUUCAAAAAUAAAAAAAUUCUGAAUCUUUCAAUAAUCUCAGACCCACUAGCGUUCUACUGUUCCACCGACAAUGUCCAAGAUCCUAGAAAAAAUCGUCAAAGCUCAACUGCAGACACCUAUUGAAAAAUAUAAUCUUUUACCUGUGCACCAAUCAGGAUUUCGGCCCAAUUAUAGUUGUGCAAUAGCACUUACCAAAAUAACAAAUGAUAUAAUAGAGCAAUUGAUAAAGGCUAACUAACAGUCCUUGUAGUUCUUGAUUCCUCAAGGGCUUUUGACACAUUGAAUCAUCAGCUUUUGAGCUCCAUUAUGCAUUACUUGGGAUUGUCCAGGAGUGCAAACAAAUUGACCAGUUUUUACUGGGUAGAAAUCAAGCGGUUUUUUAUGAUAACAAUCAUCUUCAUUUUUGCAGGUAGCAACAGGCGUUCCUCAAGAAACAAUUUUAGGUCUUCUGAUGUAUUCUAUGUACGUCUUUAGCUUUCCUUCUGUGUUUCUUUUGUACGUCUUUAGCUUUCCUUCUGUGUUUCUUUCCUGCUUUCAUCAUUUUUACUGUGAUGACAUACAGUUAUACUUGUUUUUUCUAUAACUGAAUCCGAUCAAGCUGUAGCAGCUAUUAACUACGAUUUAAAUAAUGUUCUGGAUCUUUCUAAAAAACACGGUACAGUCUUCAAUUAAAUACUCAAAGGUCAGGCAUGAUUGUCUUUGGACCAAAAAAUCACAGAGAGGAAUUUCUGGCUACAUGUGGGGGUGUAUUAAACUGGGUUCUGAGCCUAACGUUGAGCACAAAUCUAUUAGAAACUUAGGCCUUAUUAUUAAUCAGAAUUUAAGGUUUACAGACCACAUUAAUAGGUGCCAGCAAGGGGUUCUGCCAACUUAAGGAUGAUCUACCAGUCAAUAUGUUUUGUCAAAUGUUUUAGUGAAACUGCUUAGGCUGCUUUUGACCAGUAGUGUAUUCCCUGAUUUUUGAAAGUUGUCCUAUAUAACUCCUGUACAUAAAAAUGGUGAUAGAAAUAUAAGUUUGGGACACGACGCCGAAGGCGGAGAUAGUGUUCCAUCCCUUUGAACAAAAUAAAAUCACUUUUAGCACGUGGUGUUUAUGGCCCGUUAUUGCACUGACAUGAAGAUUACUCAACAGACAGAAGACAAGUUGUGAAAAUAAAACAGUUUUAUUCCGAUGAAAUAGCUGUUACGUCGGGUGUCCCUCAGGGAGCUCAUUUAGCUCCAUUGCUAUUUAAUAUAUUUGUGAAUGACGUGGUUAAUCGAGUUGAAUUUUAUGAAUGUUUACUUUAUGCUGAUGAUGACCUAAAAUUGUUUAAAAUUAUUGAAUCUCCUGAUGACUGCUUGAGACUGCAAAAAGAUCUAAAUUCAUCAUCUGUAUGGAGUAGACAACUGUAUGGAGUUAAAUGUAAGAAAGUGUAAGAUUUUAACUAUAUCUAGGAGGAAUAAUUAUAUUGUAUUUGAAGAUUAGUGAUGUAAUUUUAGAAAGAAUGGACCAGAUCAAAGAUUUGGGUUUUUAUAUUGAUAGUGGACUUCGCUUCCCUAUAAAUUUUAUUAAAAAUAGAGCUUUAAAACUAUUAGGAUUUUUUACCAGAAGUAUAAGAGAUUUUAAUGACAAUAAUUGUUUGAAGUUACUUUAUUGUUAUGUGAGGCCAGUGGUUGAAUAUGCAAGUCCUGUAUGGUCUCCUUACUACAAUGUAUAUAUUUAGUUAUUUGAAAAAGUGGAAAGAAGAUUUCUUCGACUUAUUGGUUUUAAGCUGGACAAUCCUGUUGAUCAGACUAAUUAUAGUGAUAUUGAAAAUUUACUAAACUAAACUCACAAACUCUAAAAGCCAGGCAUGGUCAGUUGGACAUGUGUACAUUGUACAUUGUAGUUCAUUGUAAGUCUGAUUUCACUAAAUGUGCCACAAAAAGCGAUGUGGGAUCAUGAGUAUCUUUUUGUUCAGUUCCAUCGAACAAAUUACAGUAUGCAGUCCCAUAACCAGACUUUAUAGACUUCUGAUUUUUAUAGCACCAAUAUAGGAUUUUUCAGACAAGCACUUAGGAGACUAGACUGGUCAGUGCCUUGACUCUUGACAGUGUUAUUGUUGGGUAUUUUUUCUUAUAUUGUACUUUGUAACUUUAACAUGAGAAACCGUUAAUAAACAUUAUUAUAAUUUCUGUAUAUUUAAAAGAGUUUGAAGUUCAUCAUAAUUACAAUGGAAUCAUACUUUAGACUUAGUUAACUUGUAAGCAAUAAAUCUUAAAAAUCUCUUUUGUAUUUUUUCCUUGAUUUUUUCUAAUUGAUAUUUAUGGUUGUUUUCAGUUGUGAUAGUUGAUUGAGCAAAUGUAGUAUUUAGGGGCAGAAUGUAAAAUAAGUAGCAAAACCAAGGCUCCUGAUUUGUGUUUACAAACAAAAUAAAAAUUUAACAAAAAUAACAAUGUUUGUGAUUUUUAAUUGAAUAAUUUUAUUAGCUCUGAAACAACUUUAACAUUAAUACUGUUGCCUAAAACCAUGUAUUUUUGCCUGUUAGUUAAAUUAUCUGGAAAAGCAAACGUUUCAGGAAAACACAUUAGUCGUGAUAUUUCUUUGGCAGUAAAAAACCGUAGAUUUAAGGAUUCAGCGAGUUCCAAAUAUUUUUCACUGUCCGAUUGCAUUUGGUGUAAUUUCUUAAUAUUUUCCAGAACUUCCUCUUCAUUAUUCUCAGUAUAGACACUUCCUGUACCCUC